GAAACUGUUUGCCAUGGCUCAGGUGGCUCUGAGAAGGCAGAGGCAGCCCCUGACAAAAGGCAGUGGCAGAGGUCAGAGCCCUGGAGAAUAAGAGAAGUCGCUGCUGAUGAGAGGGUAUGGCCAGAAUUCCUGGAGUUGGAAGAUCUUCAGCUUCACCAUCUUCGGAGAACAAGGAAGAAAACGAAAGUGAUGUGGCCCUUCUUAGUCCCAAGGACCCUGACAGGGGACACGCAGAGGAGCAGCUGGCACACCCAGAGUCCUCCGACCUUGACCCAAGCAUGCAGGGCCCACCCUGCAGCCUCCCUGCUGGGCUCAGCCUGGAUGACUUCAUCCCUGUGCACCUCCGGGCCCAUGUAGGGUCGUCCUCCCGGGGGACACGGGUGCCAGUGGUCCGGAAUGGUGGCUCCAACACCCUUAAUUUCCAGUUCCAUGACCCUGCGCCCAGGACUGUGUGCAACGGCUACUUCACACCGAGGAGAGAUGCUUCACGGCACCCAGACCCUGCUUGGUACCAGACCUGGCCAGGCCCUGGGAGCAGGCCUUCCACAAGCACAAAGACUCCUGCCCCGCAGCCCGCCCAGAACUGGUCAGCCACGUGGACCAAGGACAGCAAGCGUCGGGACAAGCGCUGGGUCAAGUACGAGGGAAUCGGGCCCGUGGAUGAGAGCGGCAUGCCCAUUGCCCCCCGAUCCAGUGUUGACAGCCCCAGGGAUUGGUACCGGAGAAUGUUCCAGCAGAUUCACCGCAAAAUGCCAGACCUGCAGCUGGACUGGACCUUUGAGGAAACUCACAAAGACCCCAGGCAUCCAGGUCCCCAGCAAAGACCUGUCUCCAGGCGUGACCCGGCAGCAUCCUUCAGCGGAAGAAGCUGGGAACACUCUGAAGUGUUACCUAGAAGCACCUUCAACGAUAAUCCUGGAGCAUCUUCUGAGCUCCAGCCUCCAAAUCAGGUGCCCAGGCGCCGAGAAAAAGCAGACGAUGUCUGGACAGAAGACUCCUGGAACCAGUUUCUGCAGGAGUUAGAGACUGGGCAGAGGCCCAAGAAACCGCUGGUGGACCAGCCUGUUGAGAAGCCCCCCCAGCCCAUCGAGGUCCUGCUGGAGAGAGAGCUGGCCAAGCUGAGCGCAGAGCUGGACAAGGACCUGCGGGCGAUCGAGACCCGGCUGCCGUCCCCCAAGAGCCCGCAGGCGCCCCGACGGGCCCCGGAGCGGCGGCCCCCAGCCGGCCCGGCCUCAGCCUGGAGCUCCAGCGCCCUGCACGCACCUUACCUGGGUUCCUCCCGACCCCUGAGCCCCCCCAGAAUGGCGGAUGCGGGAAGCCCCUUCCGAGGUCGCAGGGACUUUGUCUACCCUUCCUCGACCCAAAACCCCAGUGCGUCUGAAGGAGGGGGCAGCCCGGCCAGGAAGGAGGAGAGGAAGAGGAAGGCCGCUCGGCUCAAGUUUGACUUCCAGGCACAGUCCCCCAAGGAGCUGACUCUGCAGAAGGGUGACAUCGUCUACAUCCACAAGGAGGUGGACAGGAACUGGCUGGAGGGGGAGCACCACGGCCGACUGGGCAUCUUCCCUGCUAAUUACGUGGAGGUGCUGCCCGCAGAUGAGAUUCCCAAGCCCAUCAAGCCCCCGACCUACCAGGUGGUGGAGUAUGGAGAAGCCACGGCUCAGUACACCUUCAAGGGGGAACUGGAGGUGGAGCUAUCCUUCCGCAAGGGGGAGCGCAUCUGCCUGAUCCGCAAGGUGAACGAAAACUGGUACGAGGGGCGCAUCCCGGGCACGGGGCGCCAGGGCAUAUUCCCCGCCAGCUACGUGCAGGUGAACCGCGAGCCCCGGCUCCGAGUCUGCGACGAUGGCCCCCAGCUCCCUGCCUCUCCUCACCUGACCGCUGCCACCCGCCUGGCCCGUCACCCCGGCUCCCCCUCAGCGCCACGCAGCCCAGCGGACCCCACCGACUGGGGGGGCCAGACCUCACCCCGCCGCACCGGCUUCUCUUACCCCGCCCCGGAGCCCAGACCCCAGACCCAGAGUCUCAGCACCGCAGGGGCAGCUCUGUCCCAUCCUCAAGGCUCCAGCCGGCCCCUGGACCUGGGGGUCUCCUCCCCUAACACCACUCAGAUACACUGGACCCCGUACCGGGCGAUGUACCAGUACAGGCCCCAGAACGAGGACGAGCUGGAGCUGCGGGAGGGGGACCGGGUGGACGUCAUGCAGCAAUGCGACGACGGCUGGUUUGUAGGUGUCUCCCGGAGGACCCAGAAAUUUGGAACCUUCCCUGGAAAUUACGUUGCCCCGGUGUGAGUGGUCUCCGUGGCGACUCGGAGACAGCCAGGCUGGGGUGGGAGCAGUAGCACUUGUGGAAGGGGGCGUGGACUCCCCCAUCCUCCUUCUGCAGGCCCAAGCUCCAGCAUCUGCAGCCGCCCCGCAGCCUUUCCCCUGGAGCCCCGAGAAGCCCCCUGGACUGAGUCCCACCCACAGCUCGCAGGCAUUCCUCCAGCAGCCCUUUCCUUUCCGCCCCGCCCCACUCCCAAAUACAGAGGUCUGCUUUGAAGCCGAGACUGUUUCCAGGCCUUAUUGAGACCAGACCCCCGGGUCCCCCACCCCCACCCCGCUACAGCGUUUCCUCUAACAGGGACGGGCUCUGCUUCACCCCCAUGGGGUUCCUCUAACAAGGACCAGCUUCCUAACCUCACAGAGACCAAAGGCCUCCUCUGCUAGGAGGGGGUCCCUCCCCUUUCACUCCAGCUUCCCCCCCCCUUUCUUCCUUCCAGCCCGGCCUGGGAGCGAGGCGGGGGCCAGGUGUGACCCUGGGUCUUGCUUUAAGGCCUGCUCUACACAGAGGCUGCCAUGCUCUGGGCCUGGGCUCUGCACCUCUGGCCUGGCCCAGAUGUGUGACAGAAGCCAGAUGUUGCUGCCCUCCUGCCUGCCAGCUGCCCCCCAGCGCCCAAGCUCCCUCGGGAAGAGAAUGUAAAAUAAAUCUGGAUACCAGGGA